AUGGAUGCGCAAAUGGAAAACCUCUUUGAAAAACUGAAGGCAGAGAUGAAAAUCCAAACGGAAACAUUAACGAAAACAAUAACAGAUAAUUUAUCUACCACUAUAGAGGAGAAAUUGAAGCCAAUAAUACAGGAUAAUAAGGAACUCAAAGUAGAAGUAGGAAGAUUAAAGACAAAAGUUCAUAUAUUGGAGAAGGAGGUUAAGAAGAAUAACUUUAUACUUCAUAAAGUCUGUGAAAGCGAGACGUCCACCAACGAUCUAUUAAAACUGGUUGUCGAAACAUUGAAUAAACUCAGUGAAAACGCAAACACGGAAGAGUGGGAUAUAUGGGAAAUCUGUAAAGUAACAAGGCUAGGGAAGAAAAGAGACGAACCUAGACCGAUUCUAGUGACAGUAACACUAACUUGGAGAAAAAUGGAGGUUCUUAAAAACAACAAGCAAUUCCAUAAUAACAUCUAUGCUACUGAAGACUAUCCUAAAGAGAUUCUUAUAAAAAGGAAAGAACUAAAAGAACAAUUGAUACAAGAAAGAGAGAAGGGAAAGAAAGCAUAUAUUCGAUAUGAUAAACUUAUCGUAGAGGACAACACAGGUGAAAAGGAAACCCCCAACGAGAAGAGGAAGCGAUCUCCCACACAAUCUCCAAACAAUAUUCAGGAGAGUUCAGAACGUACAAGCAAUGGACCUGAGAAGAAACAACCUAACAAAAAGAAUAAAACAGAUGCUUAUGCAGUAGUGCAUUAG